UUUGAUAUUUCCAGAUAUAUCUCCAAUAUACAGUCUUUUAUUUGGUUUCAGAAUGGACGCACGUAAAUUUUCGACCCACAUACUGGACACCUCCGUGGGAAAAGCGGCCGCCAAUGUCAAAGUAACUGUUUCCUGGCUGGACGAGAUCCAGGAGUGGAGAUCUCUUCGUGCUGCCCAAACUGAUGCGGAUGGUCGGUGUCUGCUUUUAGAGCCUGGACACUUUCCCAGUGGAAUCUACAAGCUGACUUUUCAUGUGGGUGCCUAUUUUUCGGAGCGCGAAGUAAGGACUCUGUAUCCAGCAAUUGAUAUCAUUGUGGACUGCAGUGAAAAUCAACACUAUCAUAUUCCUUUGUUACUCAAUCCCUUUGGAUAUUCUACUUAUCGUGGUACAUAGUUAAACAAGUAAAAAUAUAAAGCUAAAACUAUUAAAAAUACAUUUUAAUGUCUAUGCACUAAUGUUUUAGAGUUUUUAUUUAAAUACAUUUAAGACCAUCUCAAUUAAAAUGUACUUACGUAACACGAGAUAGCAAGAAAAUAAAAAACAUUAUUUUAAAAACUGAA